AUGUCUCACGUCGGUCUGCUCAAAGCUGCCCGCCCAGCAUGGCGAGCUUCAUCCGCAAUCCCCAGGGCUGCCGCUCGACCUUUCUCGGCGUCUCGUAAUCUCAGGGCAACUACUCCAAUUCUCUUAGAAGAUAAAGAAAAGGGUUUCGGCUUCGUACGUCAUAACAGCCGUCCACCAAAGCCUCGAUCUGUGGGUGUGACUGAGAUUCGAGGGCCGUAUUACUCUGUUAUGGGGAAGCGAUAUCUUCAAGAUGUUUUAGAGACUAUGGGCCACCAUGUUGAUGGUCUCAAAUUCGCUGGCGGGUCUUUCUCACUGUUUCCAGAGGAUAAGUUGAAAGAGCUUAUCAACCUCGCUCAUGAGUAUAACGUCUACGUAUCAACAGGCGGAUGGAUGGAGCAUAUCCUUCUGCAGUCUGACCCAGGCUGGGCAGUAGACCAGUAUCUAAAGAAGUGCAAACAGCUUGGUUUCGACGUGAUUGAAAUCUCAUCAGGCUUCCUCUCCAUCCCCCAGGAUGACUGGCUUCGCAUCGUAGACAAGGUCCACGCAGAAGGUCUCAUCGCUAAGCCCGAAUGCGGGAUUCAAUUCGGCGCUGGCGGCGAUACAGAAGCUUCGGAGCUGUCGUCAAUUGGAACAUCUGACCCUUCAAAGAUAAUCCACAUGGGUAAGCGCUUCAUCGACGCUGGCGUUGAGCGCAUCAUGAUUGAGAGUGAGGGCAUCACUGAGAAUGUCAAGAGCUGGAGGACAGAUGUCAUUCAGCAGAUCUUGAGAGAACUACCCCAAGAGAAAGUCAUGUUCGAAGCUGCGGACCCAAAGGUGUUCAAUUGGUACAUCAGAGAGUUUGGCACCGACGUCAAUCUGUUUGUGGACCAUUCGCAGAUUGUGCAGUUGUCUUGUUUGAGAGAAGGUAUUUGGGGACAAUCUGAUACGUUUGGGUCGGUCGUCAACUAUAGGCCAUGA